AUGUUACAGAGAAGUCGUUAUUUAUUGAGGUAUUUUCGACCCUUCGGCGUAAGAUUUUAUCAUGAGGAAGCAUCCGUCGUCGGCACUACUCCAGAUACCAGUUCACCGGUAUAUCAGGAAAAUUACAUGCAAAUGAAAAAUCUUAUUGAUGAAUUGAAGAACACUGUGGAGAAAAUAGUUGAAGGUGGUGGACCGAAAGCCAGAGACAGACAUCUAAGCAAAGGAAAACUUUUACCUCGAGAACGGAUAAAUACACUUUUAGAUAAAAAUUCACCUUUCUUAGAAUUAUCACAAUUAGCAGGUUACAAGCUAUAUGGUGGAGAGGAGGUACCAGCAGGUGGAAUUAUUACUGGCAUUGGAAGAAUAGAAGGCACUGAAUGUAUAAUAAUUGCAAAUGAUCCUACUGUAAAGGCUGGUACAUAUUACCCUAUAACGGUCAAGAAGCAGUUACGAGCUCAAGAAAUUGCAGAAGAAAAUAGAUUGCCUUGCAUUUAUUUGGUUGAUAGUGGAGGAGCCAAUCUGCCUAGACAGGAUGAUGUAUUUCCUGAUAAAAUGCAUUUUGGUAGAACCUUCUAUAAUCAAGCCAACAUGAGUGCUAAAGGAAUAGCUCAAAUUGCAGUGGUUUUAGGAAGUUGUACAGCAGGAGGUGCAUACGUUCCUGCUAUGGCUGAUGAAAAUAUUAUUGUUGGCAAUCAAGGUACAAUAUUUUUAGCUGGCCCACCUUUGGUAAAAGCUUCAACUGGUGAAGAAGUUUCAGCGGAAGAUUUAGGUGGAGCUGCGCUUCAUUGUCGACAAUCUGGCGUAACCGAUCAUUACGCGAUAGAUGACACGCAUGCUUUAUAUCUUGCGCGUCAAAUUGUUAGAGAUUUAAAUUUGCAACCGCCUAUGGAUGUAAAAAUCAAUAAAAACAUUGAACUACCCGUGCAUGCCAUUGACGACAUCUAUGGCAUCGUCGGAACGAAUCUAAAACGUCCUUAUGAUGUAAAAGAAGUCAUCGCGAGGAUUGUUGAUGGUUCGAAAUUUCAUGAAUUUAAAGCACAAUACGGCGAAACAUUAGUCACUGGAUUUGCCAAGAUUUACGGCUAUCCUGUCGGCAUAGUCGCAAACAAUGGUGUAUUAUUUUCAGAAAGUGCUCUGAAGGGAGCUCAUUUUGUACAGCUUUGUGCUCAAAGAAAAAUCCCUCUCAUUUUCCUGCAAAAUAUUACCGGAUUCAUGGUGGGUAGAGACGCAGAAUUGGGAGGUAUCGCCAAAAACGGCGCUAAAAUGGUAACAGCAGUAGCAUGCGCGCAGGUACCGAAGAUUACUGUAAUAAUCGGAGGAUCUUAUGGAGCUGGGAACUACGGAAUGUGUGGUCGAGCUUAUUCUCCACGUUUUCUUUAUUGCUGGCCAAACGCUAAAAUAUCUGUAAUGGGAGGAGAACAAGCAGCGAGCGUAUUAGCACAAAUCACGAAAGAUCAACGUGCGAGAGAAGGCAAACAGUGGACUCAAGAAGAGGAAGAGAAUCUCAAGAAUCCGAUUAUAGAACAGUUCGAAAAGGAAGGCAGUCCUUAUUAUUCUAGUGCUAGACUAUGGGAUGAUGGUGUGAUUGAUCCUGUGGACACACGAGUCGUGCUUGGUUUGAGUUUGUCAGCGAGUCUGAACGCGCCUAUACAUGACACUAAAUUUGGAAUUUUUCGAAUGUAAUAUAAGUACAGAGAAACGUAUGAAAGUAUACCUUGAAAGUACUCCAUAUUACUAUCAAAUUUUAUAUAUCUCUUUAUAUUUGUAUA